AUAACGUUUUGUUAAAUGUUCUAGAACAAUCUACAUGAAAUAAUGCAUUCUUAUUUUCUACUAUCUACAGUAGUUUUAACUUUAUCGCUUAUAUUUCUUGAAGGAAUUAAUGUAGUGUCUGGAGAAGGUGUUAUUUUCGACGUUAGGACAUUUUUCUUAGAAUGUUGGUUAAACUUGUGUUUACGUUUACAAGGAACAUUCGGUUUCUUCCUUGAAGAUUUGAAAAAGAAAUACGGGGGACAACGAAACUCAUGAAUUAUGUAACUUCUCUUACUCUGUUAAGUUUUCUUUCUACCAGAAUUUAAACUAGAUAUUUUAUCUAAUGAAGAAUUAAUGUAAGCAACGAGA